UUAUCAAAGUCUACUUCACAUAGUCUUUCAAAACCUUUCCGGUUCUCUCAAAACCAGAAAAAAAGGUCUGAAAUGGCUGCAUAUGGAGCACUUGUUUCUGUGAUGAAUAUUAUAGAUCAAAUUCAAACACAUCCAAACCCUCCAAUUUCUAUCCACCAAAAACAGCUUGAAUCUCUCAUUGAAGCGGUUACAUCCCUGCAACAUUUUCUUGAAAGCUAUUCUCCCCAAGGUGGCUACACCGAGGAUGAGGAUAUUUGGGAGAGUCGCAUAGCUGAAGCAGCUUACGAUGCUGAAGAUGUGAUCGAGUCCUAUAUUGUCGAUCAAAUUCGUGCUCGGUCAAACAUUGAUGUACAACACAUAAGCUCACCUGAAUUCUAUCAAGGUCUGCAGAAGGUGAUAGAAAGCAUGAAUUUGAUCAAGAUUGAGAUUGAUGAGAACAUGGUAGUCCAAGAUCAGCCUCACAUCAUGAAAUCUGUUACUCCUGCAGGCUCGUCUAGAUCUACUUCCACUGCUAAGAAUGUCACCAUGAUUGGUUUUGAUGAUGUCUUGGCUCAGAUGCUGGACAAGAUCACCGGAGGAGGAUCCGCUCGCCAAAUUCUCCCGAUCGUUGGAAUGGGUGGGAUAGGCAAGACCACUCUUGCUCGGAAUAUCUAUGUAAGUCCACUUGUCCAGGAGUCUUUUGGUGUUUGUGCAUGGACUACAAUUUCUCAAGAGUAUAAUGCUAAAGAAAUUCUUAGACAAGUUCAUGAUCAAGUAGGCAUGGGGAAGGGGGAUGAUUUAAGUGAAUAUGAGUUAGGAGAUCAUUUUUACAAGUAUUUGCUUGGAAGGAAGUAUUUUAUUGUAAUGGAUGAUAUGUGGAACAUAGAGGCAUGGGAUCGAGUUAGGAGAUUCUUCCCGGAUAAUAAAAAUGGGAGUAGAAUAGUAGUGACUACGAGGCUAUCAAACUUGGCAUCUCAAUUUAACUACUCCAAUGGUCUAGACUUGAAAUUUUUGGAUGAGGAUGCUAGUUGGGACCUAUUUUGCAAAACUGUGUUUGGGGAAGAAGUUUGCCCUCUUGAGUUGGAGGAUGUUGGGAAAAAGAUUGUGGAAGGUUGUAAGGGACUUCCAUUGUUUGUUGCUGUGAUAGGGGGACUCUUAUCAAAAUCUGAACGAACAAAUGAAAAGUGGGGAUUUAUUGAAAAGAAUUUAAGUUCAGUUGUGAAUUUGGAUGAUAAUGAGAGUUGCUUGCAAGUAUUAUACAUGAGUUAUAAUAAUUUGCCGGUUCAUAUGAAACCAUGUUUUCUCUUUAUGGGAAUUUAUGGUGAAGAUUAUAGAAUAAAAGUAUCUGAGCACGUCCUAGUUUUUGUUGCUAGUGGAUAUGUAAAACCAAUUAAUGGGAAGUGUUUGGAAGGGAUAGCAGAAGAGUAUGUGGAGGAACUUGUUGGUAGAAAUAUGCUUAUAGUUGAAAAAUACGAUAGCUGUGGGAAAAUUAAAUCAAUGAAAAUGCAUGAUCUGUUGAGGGAUCUAUGUUUAAGAGAAGCUCAGAAAUUGAAGUUUUUAUAUGUAUUCGGAGAGGAGAGCAUUCCAGAAGCUGUAAAUCCUCAACGCCGUAUCGUAAGCAGUUUCAGGGAAGAUGAAUAUACAGCUCCACUCAUUCAAUCCUUGGAAUCUGCAAUACUUGUGCGGAUGGUUUUUUGGGUAUUUCCAAAGAGUUUAUCACAUAAUUUUAGAUUGUUGCAGCUAGUUUCUCUUGAGCAAAAUUCCGAGGAAGAAGAUAGUCGUGAUUGUUGUGAAGAAAUUCUUCGUGAGCUUGUUAACUUGCGUGUUCUUAGUAUGACUGUUGAUGAGCAUCCUUUACCUUCUUCGGUCUACUUCCUUUGGAAUUUACAGAUACUAAUAUUAUCUGAUAUCGGUAAGGAUUAUGUUUGCGAGAUUUGGAAGAUGCCUAAACUUAGGCAUAUGAUGACCGAUUUGCAAGGGACACUUGAUGGUGCAUAUUGUCUGCCUGAUUCUUUCAACGACGAAAAUAAUAUGGUGUUGGAAGACCUACAGACACUUUAUGUGGUUAGCAAUCUCAAGUUUGGGGAUGGGGUGCUUAAAAGGAUCCCAAAUAUCAAAACAUUGAAGCUAUACUAUGAUAGAGAGAUAGACACCUCAGGAGAAGACUCCUCGGGAGAAGAUGCCUCGGGAAAAGACACCUCAGGAGAAGAAGAUUAUUACCGUCUCUACAAUCUUUGUUGCCUCCACAAACUUGAAACUCUUCAGCUUUGUGCUUCUGCACUAGACACUCAUAUGAUAAAACAAGUCAGCUUCCCGCGUUCCCUCAAGAAGUUGACAUUAGAAGAUACAGAGCUCUCAUGGGAAGACAUGGAGACAAAAAUAGGUUGGUUGCCCCAUCUUCAAAUUCUCAAGCUGAAAGAUAAUUCCUUCAUUGGGUCUGAGUGGGAAACGUCCGAAGACCAAUUCGCAAGUCUCAAGUUCUUGCAGAUUGAACGUUGUGGUCUUGAGUGUUGGAUCACAGACAGCGCCCACUUUCCACGCCUUGAGCACCUUCAUCUUUGUAAUCUACCGCGGUUAACAGAGAUUCCUUCAUGCAUCGGAGAAAUACUAACACUUCACUCAAUUAAGUUGAAACGUUGUAGUGAGUCAGUGGUGGCUUCAGCUCAAACAAUAAAGGAGGAGCAAGAGGAACUCGACAAUCAAGACCUUCGAAUCAUUGUUGAAUGAAGAAUUUUUAAGGAAAUCGGUUGCUCUUUUUUUUAAAGAUGAAGAUGCUUGUAGUAGGAGAAGGUGCUAUUCGAAGUUGUGUUUGCAGUACUCUCAUUUUGUAAUUUAUUUGCCAUUGUCUUUUAUCAUUUGAAGAUUGAGAAUAUUAUUUCUGCAAGUUAAUGUUAUUAUGUGAGUUUGCCCUUUUCA